ACCCUAAUGCUCAGUAGACUAAUUCUACUGCACAUCAGCACAUUAGCAUGGGUUUUUUUCCUGUCAUGCUAAUGCUCAGGAGAAUGAGUCUGCUGUGCUUGAAGCAUUUUGUGUAGACACGCCCAAUGUGUCCUUGAUUACAAAGUCUCUUGUGCAAAGGAAAUAAUUGGUUACUUUUGAUACUUUAAGCAGAUUUGCAAUUUAGAAAAUGAUCCACCAUUUACUUUUUUAUUUUUGCAUGCUGAUUGUAUUUAACCACGCCUGAAUAGUUGUUCUAUGGUAAGGAAUAAUUCAGAACAAUAGACAAAUUUUAUUUAAAAUUAAAAUAGCUUAAAUGACUCUUUGGAUAAGAGCAAAUUAUUCACCUAUCCUUUCUAUAACGGCAGCAUUUAAUCAAGCAUACACAUUGCUAAUGUCCACUCUUCAGACAAAUGAACUGUGUAACAAUUCAAGCAAACAUGUUCCAACUGUUCACACAAAGCAUUGCAUAAGACGUGUAUUGCGUUUCCACAAAGCUUUCCCCGCAAUUUGCUGCUGAGCACUAUGCACAUCACUUAGUUUCCCCAAUUAAAAAUCACAAACAGAAAAAGCUUUCCAGCAUUAACUGAUCUGUGCUUUCUCAGAGAUGUGGAAAGUCACAUGCUUCAGGAACGGCCAGACACAUCAUUCUGGUACAAUAUAAAGGCAGUGUAAAUCACUGUCUCAUUUUUCAUAACUCAGCUUCCAUGGUUCUAAUUUUGUCAUUAGAAGCGAAAGGUUAAAGGAGCCGAACUUUUCUUUCAAGCAUAUUUUAACCAAUAAAGAUGGAUCUCCUUCAUAGCAAUGGUGUGCUUAUAAUUCAGCAUUUACAGAAGAAUUACAGGGCUUACCAGGACUUUCUAAAUUUCAUGUCCCAUGUUGGAGAUCCUCGGAAUAUAUUUUCAAUUUACUUCCCACUUUGGUUCCAGCUUAACCAAGUGGUUGGUACUAAAAUGAUAUGGGUGGCAGUCAUUGGGGAUUGGUUCAACCUUAUAUUUAAAUGGAUUUUAUUUGGCCAUCGUCCCUAUUGGUGGGUCCAAGAAACAAUGAUCUAUCCCAAUCAAUCCAGCCCAUGUCUUGAACAGUUUCCAAUAACAUGUGAAACUGGUCCAGGAAGCCCCUCUGGCCAUGCAAUGGGAUCUUCUUGUGUCUGGUAUGUAAUGGUGACAGCAGCCCUUAGUUACACAGUAGGACAGACAAGUAAAUCAGCAGUUACCCUGUACAGAAUGACCUGGUCAUUCCUUUGGAGUGUUUUUUGGAUUAUUCAGAUCAGUGUGUGUAUCUCUAGAGUGUUCAUAGCAACGCAUUUCCCUCAUCAAGUUAUUUUCGGAGUAAUGGCUGGAAUGUUGGUGGCAGAAGCAUUUGAACAUACCCCUGCUAUUCAGACAGCAAGUUUGAGAACGUACAUCAAGAUAAAUCUGUUUCUAUUUAUUUCUGCUCUUAGCUUUUAUCUGAUUCUCAAAUUCAUUGAUAUUGACCUUCUGUGGUCUGUUCCAAAGGCAAAGAAAUGGUGCGCCAAUCCAGACUGGAUAAACAUUGACACAACUCCAUUUGCUGGACUCGUGAGAAAUUUGGGUGCACUCUUUGGGCUAGGUCUUGGCAUUAAUUCUGAAAUGUUCAUCAGGAGCUGCAAAGGUAAAAAUGGAUAUAAGAUAAGUUUCAGAAUAUUGUGUAUUGCUGCUUCUUUAGCUACACUGCAGCUGUAUGAUUUUAUCAAGAUACCCACACACACUGAGUAUUUGUUUUAUGCUCUAUCUUUCUGUAAAAGUGCAGCCAUUCCGCUAACUGUUGUUGCUUUGGUUCCAUACUGCAUACAUUUGUUAAUGAAGCCAACUGAAAAAAAGCUGAACUAAAUGUACAUUCUGAAUGAUCUGAAAAUAUAACGGUGCUUCUGGAUACAAGCAGUGUUCUAUGAGCCACUUCAAACAUGAUCAUUUUACUACUUCAUUAUGAAUGCUGGUGGAUGCCAAUACAUAUUUGAUGUUUUCCUUCCAUGUCCCACAGACAAAAGCAGCACAGCCAGGAAUGACAUUGUUAUGUUAGGAACACUGAUUAGCUAUCACUAGAACCUCGUUCUUGGAAUGUAUUACAGUAUGGUUUUACAGUAUUAUCAUAUGGUUUCCUGAUAUCACUGUGGGUAUGUCACUGCUUGGAUAUGGGUUUGGUUUUGCCAAAGCUUUGUGGGUCUUUACUUAUUCUUCUUCAACUAGAUGGAGCUUCAUUUUCUGAGUGUACAUAGUGUCAUUGCACUUCCCAUUUUAUGUAUAUGAAUACUGUAUGUUAAUCUGCUAGAAAAAGAUGUGUGAUAAAAUCACACUUAGCUGCACAAACACAACCAUACACCAGGGUAAAGUUCUACGUACUCUGCCAAUAACAUUAAAAGGUUGUGUUUAGAUUUUACUUACAGUGCUUCCUGUGUGAAGCAUCUUAUGCUUAUUCUUUCCUGACUCAAUUUAUUAUUUAAAAGAUCAAUCUGGAACAAUUUAAUUUAGACCUGCUGAUUUUAUUUCUAGGUUAUCUCCAAGGCAGAUACUAUUUCAUUUAUGUAAUUUUUUCAUAUGUUCUUUAAAAAAAAUCUAUUGCAAGAUAUUGAAUGCUAAAUUAUUACAUAUUCAACUUUGUGGAAACUCCUGAAUGUGGUAUAUUAAAUCUGUGUUGUUGGCCUAUAUAUCUACACAGAAUUAAGCAGUAAAAUUCAAUUAUUCUCAGUCACAUCUUAAAGAAUAUUGUACAUGUUCCUGUCUUUUAAAUUUAAAUAAGUCUAAUAAUCUCAUUUUACAAACCAGAAUUAUCAGUGACACUAGUCAAGAUAAUUCUAUGUUAGUGAUGAAAAAGUAAUAAUUGUAAUAUGUUAAAUGUAACAUUCAAAUAUGAACUGUGCUGCUUAACCUGAUGCUGCCAAUUAUAUUCCCUUUCUAUAUUAUAAUGCAUCUCAUAUUGCAUAUGGCUUUAAAUAGUUCAUAAUCCAUGUAAUUCCUGUAUCUGAUGCCCUCUGUUUGCUGAACUGAGCAAUAUAAUGUUGAUGCCACCUUAA